UGAACAGUAACCGCUGCCCUCUGCACAAACAGCCUCAAGCACUGUCUGACGAGCUGGAAUAAUUCGCCAACCAAUUACCGGCUUCGAGCCCCCCACGGGCCCUCGCGGACGCGUAACCAAACGCUGUGAGACCACGCCAACCGCCAGAAUAAAAUAGAGCUGUCGGGCCGCCCGCUUUUAAAGCGUCCGAAGCCCAGCCCCGCCGGAAAGCAUGCGUACCCCAAGCUGCUGGCGAUUCCAAACCUGCAGCGGCUGCUCCCAAUUUCAGGAGCGCCAGCGACUCGGAAUACCUGAUAUGGCUGAAAGGCGGACGCACUUGCGCCUCUAAUUGCUCGAGGGCGCACACGCCGCACAUGCUGGGGCCGAGGACCUCGCAAAUGCACUGCCUUGUAACUACCACCGGCUCUUUGUAACACUUCCGUUUCAUGUACGUAAUCGAACAAGAAAGUUUGCCACGCUUUUUUCUGAACGCCACAGGCGCCAGCCCUGUGCCUAUGAUCAGUGUCUCGCUAUAUCGUAAAGUAAAAUGACGAGACACAGCCCACGACAUGGCCACGUCACGCUUGCCUGCGCCCACAGCCCAUUCAUACAACAAGCGCGUAUCUUGCACAGAAGCCCGCAUCCUCGGACGGCGAACACCACACGCUGUGGAUUUCUCUGCACCACGGACCAACCGCGAGGUGUCGCUCAGAGCGCCCGCCUCACAUUUGAGCCAAGCCAACACGGACCGCAAGUGCGAUAAAUACUUCGACAAAGAAGCACCGUUGCGAAACAACGUGGCGAAACAGUACAACGAUGCCUCAGCAGGCGGCCACGGCGGCUGCGCUGUCAGAGCCGCCGCGUGGCCCCACAAUUGCACAGCUGAUGCGCACGCCCCUGCGCUCUUGCGCCACCCUUGGAACUCCAUCCAGCAAGCCUGCUGCGCGAACUGAAAGCUAGAAGUAUUGUUGUCUCUCGCCCGUGCCAAUUCCUCAGUUGGCGUGCCUGCCACUGGAAGCGGCGCAGCCGCCUGCUUGCCCAGAAUACGAAUGGCAUCUGCCAGAACCGAAGGAGCAGGCGGCCUGCGGAGUUUUGUCGCUUCACAAAUCAUGGCCAAAGCGGUCGCUGCAGCCUCGACAGCCGCGGCCGGACUGCCUGCGACGCUGGCUGGCGGAGCAGGGGACGUGCAUUUUGAGCGCAAGGCACAUCGCGGAUCACCUCUGAGAUGCGCUAUGGCCGCCCGAGGAGCGCUAUGAUGGACAAGCUCCCGGUUGGCCACUGCCAUACAAAAUUUGAGAAAAUAUUGAACGAUGGCUGCGUCCAGUGUUUGCAAAGCCGACCACACUUCUGCCGCUUCACCCACGGUUAAUCCGCCGAAGUCGCUCGGCGCCACGGCCCCUUCUUUCUGCAGAGAUUCAGCCACGGCCCCCGCGCCAGGAGCUGGGAAAGGUCUUUUCGCGGCCAGAGCCGCCCUUUCGAGCAACGCCCGAAACUCUUCCGUAACAGAGUUAUGCGGCACAUUUCUCUCGGACCCUUCUGCUCCAGACGGCGCGCCAGGGACAGCACGGCGACGCUGCCAUUGUUCUCUGCUCUCGUUCAGGAAACGCAGCGCCAUCCAAAACGAAAGCGCGCGAAUGCUGGAUCUGAGCCAAAAGCU